CUGCCGUCGCCUUCACGAGACCUUUAUUUCAGGUCCCUUUGCCAUUUUUCAUGCAUCCGACUCCCUCUCUGGUCUCUAACCUCCUUGGUCUAAGGUUCUCUUUUGACCUUGUGAACUGAUCAUAUCAGAAAAAAUACUAAUUGUCCGACAGCAAUCCAAGGGCACAGUCCCCUUUUGUUUAAUUCGUUCACCAUAACUUUAAAUUCACGCAAACGCGUACGUGAUUCCAUAAUUGAUAAUGCUACUAGGAAGGAAAAGUUGGACGAGAUCCCGUGCCUUUUCCUAAAUUCUUCCCGAUAAACCCUCAUUCAUACUUUCCCCGGAAGCUCUACUGCGCACGUACCAUAGAAUAUCACUCACAUCGUUCACUCGGCCCUUUUUAACCUAAACCAGCAUGUUCGAUACGGCAUCCACAAGGUCAAACUCCAUUAGCAAUCCGGUGAACAAUUUAGUUCAUGGCAUCCUCUCCCACGACAGUAAUGUCAUGCUCGCCGCGGUCAUCUCAUUGCUUCUGGUGAUUCUCUUUGUCUUACUGCUGCAUGUGUAUGCUAAAUGGUUUCUAGUAAAAGCCCGUCAAAGGAGUAGAAGGUCUGUUUCGGUUCCACAAGUUUUAGGAGCUCGUUUUCAUCACUUUCCUUCGAUCCUGGUUGACACCACAGUUAAUUCUGCUGCCUCCCCGACGAUGGGUCUCGAAUCUUCGGCCAUUUCUUCCAUACCGCUUUUUGUGUUCAGAGCUGAUGACGACGACGACGACGAGCAUAAUAAGCAUGGACGACUGAGUGAAUGCGCUAUCUGUUUGAGUUCGUUCGAAGAUGAGGAAAUGGGAAGGAAACUGCCCCGGUGCAGCCAUGCGUUUCACGUCGAAUGCAUUGAUAUGUGGUUGCAUUCUCAUUCAACUUGCCCAAUUUGUCGUUGCCCAGUACUGACGUUCGAGAUCGUAAAUCUCCUGAUCAGUCCAAAUUGUUAGGGGACGGGAGGCCGUUGAUCGAGAAAUAGCUGAAACAAUAAUAUUGUUGGAUGAAGUGGCCGCCGAAAUGAGUGAAGACCAGACCUCAUCAAGGUUGGAGAUUAUAGUCGAGGAGGUUCCUAAUACAGAGAAUGGAAAUAAUUGCAGGAAAGACAUAAAUUCCGUGUGCUCGACAUCGUCGGCCCCAGUCAAACGCACAUUUGGUCGUCGUCGGCGACUCCUUAAAGAGAAUUAUGAGCAGCAGGAGUAGAUCUGAACGUCAGGUCCAUCCUCUGCCUCUGGGGGGCCACUGAAUUGGACUUGUGAUGCAAGAAGUCUUUAAGGGUUCUAUCCAUGGGAUAGUGGUAAUGAUCGAGGAGGGCAAUCGUAUCCUACCUUUUGAAAUGUUUUCCGUUUUGGGUUUGAACGAACGAGUCUGCUUCAUAAUGGUUCUUCUUGUCAAUUUCUGUUUCUUAAUAAUAAUAAGGCACUGUUUGGAUUGAAGGAAAGAGAAUGAAAGGAAAGGAGAAAAAGAAAGAAGUGCAGAGGAAAUCGGAGUUCAUCCAUAUUAUUUGAAUCGCAGA